CGGAAUCGAUCAGUCUAGCUUUUACUUAUUUAUGAAACAGUUUUAACUUUUCCCAUCCCGAUUUGUUGAUUAUUGUUAUACGGUUGAUGUUAGCGUCCACCGGAUUGGUCAUCCGGAAAACUUGUUAAAUCAUCACAACUAAGUUCUGGAAGUGGUGAUAUUUGGCCAGGACAUUUUAGUGAAUAUUUUGGAAGAUCGCGAUGGCUUAUACCGGUCUGGUGCUCGCGGUUGUGACUAUCGUUCUAUCGAUUUUGUGUUACUUUAAAAUUCUGUACGAGUGGCAUCGGAAAGUGCGAGUUCAAACAGUUCGACGUUCGGUGCGGUUAACGAAGAAACAACAGCAGCCGGAAGAUUCCGAGCAGCAGCAGCAGGUCGAUGAUACGGUUUCGAUUCCCCAGGCACCUGGGCCUAUGCCGUGGCCAAUACUUGGCAGUCUAGCGAUCUUGGGAAAGUACGAAGUGCCGUUCGAAGGAUUCACGGCGCUCGCGAAAAAGUACGGCGAUGUGUACAGCCUGACGCUCGGUACGAACCGGUGCUUGGUAGUGAACAACCUCGAGCUGAUCCGGGAGGUACUGAAUCAGAACGGACGAUACUUUGGCGGAAGGCCCGACUUCUUACGGUUCCAUAAGCUUUUCGGAGGAGAUCGCAAUAAUUCGCUUGCGCUAUGCGAUUGGUCCACCUUACAGCAGAAGCGUCGCAAUCUUGCCCGCAAGCAUUGCUCACCGAGUGACGCCUCAAGUUACUACCAGAAGAUGAGCGACGUUGGCGUCAUGGAGAUGCUCCAGUUCAUGGACCAGCUAGAUGCGAUGGUGAUUCCCGGGCAGGAUUUCAAGGCGAAACCUUUUAUCAUGCAAGCUUGCGCUAACAUGUUCAGCCAAUACAUGUGCUCGGUGCGAUUCAACUAUGAUGACACUAGCUUCCAACAGAUGGUGCGCCAUUUCGACGAGAUUUUCUGGGAAAUCAAUCAAGGCUACGCCGUUGACUUCAUGCCGUGGUUGGCACCGUUCUAUCACAAACACAUGAACAAACUUAGCCGUUGGUCGGCGGAAAUCCGUAACUUUAUCCUGGAACGAAUCAUAUAUGAACGGGAGCAGAACUUCGGAGAGGAUGAACCCGAACGAGACUUCACCGAUGCCUUAUUGAAGAGCCUCCGAGAGGAUCCUACCGUUAGUCGCGACACCAUCAUGUAUAUGUUGGAGGAUUUCCUUGGCGGUCAUUCAGCCAUUGGAAAUUUGGUAAUGCUUGCCCUGGGCUACAUCGCAAAAUAUCCAGAAAUUGGUUCCCGAAUCCAACAGGAAAUCGAUCACGUUACCGAGGGAAACAAACGUAAUGUUACGCUCUAUGACACUGAAGCCAUGCCUUACACGGUCGCCACCAUCUUCGAAGUGCUGCGAUACUCGUCAUCACCCAUCGUGCCCCAUGUAGCCACGGAAGACACUUGCAUCGCGGGCUACGGCGUCACCAAAGGCACUAUCGUCUUCAUCAACAAUUACGACUUAAACACUAGUGAAAAAUAUUGGACCGAACCAAAGCGCUUCAAUCCAGAGCGAUUCCUCGAGAGUGCCACCUUGGCUCAGAUCCGAACCGAUCUGGAGCUAGAUUCCCCCACAGCGAAGCAAGAUCUUAACACUAUCAUCAAACACAACAACAUCAACGCCCUAAACGAAAACCAGAAGCAGAUACUGCGGGUAAAGAAAAACAUCCCUCACUUCCUGCCCUUCAGCAUCGGAAAGCGGACCUGCAUCGGCCAGAACCUGGUGCGAGGCUUCAGCUUCAUCAUGUUGGCGAACAUUCUGCAGAAGUACAACGUCCACACGAACCGACCCGAGGCGAUCAAAAUGUAUCCUGCCUGUGUGGCUGUUCCACCGGAUACCUACCCACUUGCGUUCACGCAACGAUCCAUGUGAGACAAGUCUGAGGCUGUCGUUGUAAAUAGCUACCAUCUUCUUCAUCACCGGUGUGGGCUUGAUUCUAGCAGGCCGAACAUGGUUUCAUUCAAAUACAAAAUAUAGAUUAAGGCUUCCUUUCGCGAGAGCAAGCAAGUUAUCAUUAGCUUUUUUUUUCCUAAGUAUAUAUUAGAUAAAUUCCUGAACGAUGAUACCGCGUAGCACAGGAUGAUUGAGAGAAAUUCGUUUUUAUAAAACAUAAUAACUUUAGGAUAGCAGUAGCAAGUGAAGCGAGAAGAAACUAGUUUAGCGUUCAAAUGAAAGCGAAAGCAAUAUCGAGCAAUAUAGAGGAGAGAGCGAGUGACAUUUUUGAGCACAGCUAAUCUCCUUAUAGGGGGAGUCCUUACUUUCGUAGCAGCAUUCUGUAUUUGCAUUUAUGUAGUAAUUGUUACAGUGAGAAUCGAGGGCGGGAAGAAGUUCAAUCGAGAGCAGACGUAUAAUUUUUUAUAGAGCUAAGACUGAAUAUAUACACACACACGCACUCUACCGAAAUGAUACUCGUUUUAUGCUUGAUACCCUGCCCGCCUGGAGUGCGUGUUGGUUAUGCGAUUAGAGUAUUUAAUGUUAGUCCAUAUCGCAUUCCCAUUAAAAAAAAGUUUAGAAAAUGCUUAUUUUUCAUGACAUUUUUUUUUGUUUUUUUGUGUAAAUUAGGCAAGAACUCUGUUUUAUUGUAUUAUUCUGUUUACCCAGCGAACUGCCGAUAAAUAGUUUCAAGACAUUAGUUGUAUAAUAGAAAAAUUUUGAACACUAUCUGGUGAUGCAACAACAAUAA